GCGUGGGUGGCGUUGUAAGGUGAGGCGUGACGUCGCCGGUGGCGAUGCUGGAGCGAAAGCACUCGUCAUUUCGACAAACGCCGCGCGACCAGGAGGACUCCACCACUCGUGCACUGCGCCACUCCCCACACAGCCAGCGUCUCAUCCUCUUCGUCUUCCUCGGGACGGCGACCGAGCGAGAGCCGUCGAUUGGCCCCGCCGCCGCCGUCUGCCUUCUCCUCUCGAGCCGGAGUCUCCUAAAGAAUUCUUCUUUGGAGAGGAUAAUGGGGACUGUAGAAAUGUGACCCUUCGAGUUCAAUCAUACCUUGAGGAUGGACGGUGGAGUAGAAACAGAGCCUUUCACGUGGGUGGAACAGUGUGAUGGGCCAAUUAAUUCUCCCAUGCCGCAAAAGAGGAAGUACCAACACAGGAAAAAGGAGUUUGUUGGCUGGGGGUCGAGACAGCUCAUCGAGUUUCUUAAAUCUAUUGGUAAAGAUACCCGCCAACAGAUCCCUCAAGCUGAUGUGGCAGCGGUUAUAACCAACUAUGUCAAUGAUAAUAAGCUUGUCCAUCCACAGAAGAAGAAGAGAGUUGUUUGUGAUGAAAGGCUUCGCUCUCUUUUUGGAAGAAAAACUAUUAGCAGACUUCAAAUCCAUGAUCUACUUGAAGGACAUUAUGCAGAGAACCUAGAGCAGUCGGACGACGAUUUUCUUUUCAGUUCCGGGGAUGAGGACUUAACGCCUAAGCCUUCACUUCCUCAGAGAAAAACACCGAAGAAGAGAAAAGUGGUCGAAAGUUCAGAAAGUUGUUUCGCUGCAGUAGUUCCUGAUAACAUCAAACUCGUAUACUUGAAAAGGAGCUUAGUUCAGCUUCUCUGCAAAGACUCUGUUAGCUUUGAAGGCAAAGUGGUUGGAAGCUUCGUAAGGGUAAAGUCAGAUCCCAAUGACUACCUUCAGAAAAAUUCUUAUCAACUUCUGCAAGUGACAGGUGUGACAGGGGCCACAGGAACAACGGAUACGGGCACUCAAGUUCUCCUUCAAGUGGCUGGGUUGUUUAGAGACAUUCCCAUUUCCAUGCUUUCCGAUGAGAGCUUCACUGAGGAAGAAUGUGAAGAUUUGCAUCAGAGAGUGAAAGAUGGUUUGCUCAAGAGGCCAACUGUAGCUGCACCCAUAGCUGAUCAUACUGGCCUUCCACUUGGACUGAAAGGAAAGGUAGAAUUCGAAGAGAGAGCUCGAAUACUACAUGAAGAUAUAAUGAAGCAUUGGCUUCCAAGGGAACUUGCUUUGCUGGAGAGCCGUAUUGAGCGAGCCAAUGAGAAGGGCUGGCGCAAAGAGUUAUUUGAAUACUUGGAGAGGAGGAAGCUGCUCCAGACUGCUGAAGAACAAUCGCGUUUAUUGUGUGAGAUACCUGAGGUGAUUGCAGAUGGAAUAGAAAUUGAUUCUACAGAUUCUCCGGACGAAUUAGAAGAAAUCACUACAUCACCAAUAACGCUCCAUAGGGAAAGUUCACAGGAGGCUAAAUGUGCUACUAUGGGCAAUAUUGUACCAGUGACUAAGAUACCUUGGAUGACCAACUUGGAAGGGUACCAGAAUGGUAUUCAUGUUUCUGAAUACAAAAAACAAGUAGUAGCAAGUCAGACAAAUGAAGAAGGACCUGGUAAGAUGGAGAAGCAAGUGUUUCAGGGAACGGAGGAUGAGAAAAUUCGCGCAACUCAGAAAAGUGAAGAAUGUGAACAGCAGCCAAUAACAGAGAUUAGUAAGGAAGAAAGACGUGUGGUUGUGGAGAGCAAUGACUUUCAUGGAACAAAGGAUAAGAGUGUUCAAACGCAGAAGGUAGUGAUUGAUUUGGUCAGCGAUGAUGAGGAUGUGGAUCCUCGGAGUUGCCAGAGUCAGAGCCAUGAUGAUGACCUGGAAAGCUUGAUAUGGCACUAUGCUGAUCCCCAAGGCGAAGUCCAGGGUCCUUUCUCGCUUGCAACGCUAAAGCGUUGGAGUCUGGAAUACUUUCCUCCUGAUUUCAAGAUAUGGAAGGUCGGCGAAAGCCAGAGCAAAGCAAUAUUGCUAAGUGAUAUACUGUGCAGUAUGUGCUCUAAGUAAUGGGGAAGACAUUUUUGUUACUUGUUAUUUAGGUUUCACCUGUGAUUUUAGCCACCGUUCCUUAACAAAACUCCAGAAUUGGUUGAAUAUGGGGAAUGAGUUAUACUGACCGGAGGAAUUCCUGCUUUGAGUUUCGGCGCCUCUGAAUCAGCGGCAAAUAAAUAAGCUGGUCGUCUUGUUUUCUUGUACAUUCCUUACAUCUUGUUGUAAAUGAGACCAUUUUAUUCAAAUCAGUUUGAAACCGCGACUUACUUUUAUUAUUGAA